CGCAGACCACUGCGAGAAGCCGGUGCGAGAUGACAUGUGAUUGUGCUGCUGCAGCCCCGUAUUUGCUGAUGCUGUACACCGUGGAGAAGGGAUUCUGAGCGUGGAGGCUCUGCGAGUGAAGGAAUUGUUUAUUGCGUCGCGGUGAUGCUGUUGAGCCGCGGAGAGCCUUGCGUUGAGUGUUGUUUAUAUUAGAAUCAUCAAGUGCUCUUCUCUUCCUUGUUAUUUGUUGGAAAUUAUCAUAACCUUUUGUCUGUAAAGUGCGGAAAUUGAUGUGGAAAGGUGUUUUGGAAGUAUGCGAAAUUGGCCCGGUUUGAUUAGUGGUGGACCGUGAGUGCAUCAACUUAUUGGGAUACUUAAAGUGCGGUUGUAGCCGAGCGUCAUGUGAGCGUGCGGAAAAAGAAAAUUGGUUGUUUUUCACUUCUAGCAUACUGUUUCCAUUACCUGCGGAUUUUCCUUACGAACACUUCCUUAGCACGCGAAUUGUUUGUAUGAAUUUUCUAAAACAAGUGAUAAGUGCGCAUUAAAAAUAUUUGCCCAAGCUUUGGCUGGUGUCCUCCUAUGGACCCCAUUCUGAAGGAUUUCCUCUGUGGGAUAAUUGUUCCAUUCAGUGGUGUACCGGCUCAGCAAAACAAACCACGGAAUACGCAGUUUCUCGCCGGAACGUCUGAGACAACAACAGCAUUUUGAGACUAUCUUACCCACUACCGCAAUAACGAUAAGAUGGCAGAUCAGACUACUGGCCGACAACUGCAGCGAAUCCUUCACUACUCCGUGACGCCCUGCCGCCCAUUGCUAGGACUGCGACGCUCCGAAUGUGCAUUAUACGACGUUGACUGUGAUGAAGUUUACCCUAGGCUGUACAUUGGUGAUGCGGCAUCAGCAAGAAACAAGCAGUAUUUACGAUUGAUUGGAAUAACACACGUACUAAACACGGCCGAAGGAACCCGUUUCGGGCAGGUGGACACUGGGCACAGCUACUAUCGGGACAUGUCCGGGGUUAGUUGCACUUUCAGAUACAUGGGCUUCCCGAUGAUGGAUCAACCGACGACGGACAUCAGCCGGUACUUUUACAUCGCAUCCAAGUUUAUCGAGAAUGGAAUCAACAGCGGGGGCAAAGUGCUGGUGCACUGCAUGGUGGGAAUGUCCCGCUCGGCAACCUGCGUUUUGGCGUACCUGAUGAUCGCCCGCAAAAUGUCCGCAGCCGAAGCAAUCCGAACGGUCCGCAUGCACCGCGAUAUUCGACCGAACGAGGGUUUCCUCCAGCAAUUGGCCGAUCUCGAUAACGAGCUGAAACGGGACCGGAUGUACUAUUGACUCGAAUGUGGACAACGGUUUCGGAAAAAAUAACGAUCCCGAACCAAUUAAUCCUUACUUCCCAUUUCGCCAUUCUGUUCAACCCUUGCAGUUUCCUUUCUCCGUCAAUGUGUUGAUCACUUACGCCAUCAUCAUCAUCACUUAUUGUUCAGGAAAGUUGCAAAAUAAUUCAAUAACCUACAGUGUUAAAGGGGACUUUUUUGUUCACUCAAAAAAUAUUUAAAAGUACUAUCCGAAAAAAGAUUACUAAAGCUUAUAAAGAUAGACAUUGUAGGUUCCUUGAAAGGAGGUCAGGGAGAUGAAAAAAAUGGAUGGAUGAUCUCAGCUUCAUUUACAAUCGAAUGAAAAACGUUAUCCACAGCUUAUAGCUUGAUAUGCAUACUGUUAUAGAGGUUGUUCUUUUUUUUAUUUUAUUCAAUAUCACUAACGUUUACUGGCAGGAAAAAUCAAAUCAAUCAUAAUACGGUAGAGAAUACUCCACAAGAAAUGAGAAAAAAAUAUAUAACAAACAACACACGAUGGUAGUGCUUUAUCGACCACAGACAGUAGAUGUCUGCCCUUGUUAUACAUAUAUAUGCUAUUAUUUAUACAACCACUCAUAAUGUUACAUUCACACAGUCACGUACCACGUACGAAUUGACAUUCACAAUAGUGUCGAACAACAUGCAAAUAAAAGUAAUAUAUAUUUAAAUCUUCCUCCAGUAGAAGAAGACAUAGCCAUAUACAAUGCUAGCAUCGGAUAGGGAAAAUCCACAAAUAAAUUCCAACUGACCCAGAACCCAGUCAUCAGUGAUAAGCGGGAGCACAGAAUCAAAUGGUUUUUCAUUAGACGGUUUAUAUUUUAUCUCGCGUUGGACGAACCGUAGGUUCGCGUUUGGCUGUUUUGGUUUCAAAAACCAAAAGUGUAGGAAACGAAAUUCAAAUGGAUACAACCGGAUACAUAGUACACCAAUAUUUAACCUACAGUGAGCUGUUUAACAAAAAACGACACAAGAAAAGUUUCGAAUGAUAAACUGACGUUACGAUUUAGAAGCAUUAACAAGAGUAUAUAUUGGGAGUAAUUAAAUAAUUUUAUUAAACAGAUAAAUUAGUGCAUAAAAAGAACAAACUGAAUAAAAAAUAUUACAUUUUAAAA